GUGCAUUUUCAAAUUUCAACUUAGGGAAUUUAUAUGAGGUAUCAUGGCAACACCAAAUUAGUCGCAGUCAUGUAUUGAGCGAGGCAUAGUGUAUCAAUGUGAAUUUUAACGUUAAAUUAAAUAUUUAACCACCAUAACAACAUCAAAAUUUAUUUAACCAAAACUGCUAUCAUUUGGUGAUCGUUUGCAAUCGACCGAGUUAUUUUACAUACACUACAUGGCACAUGAUGGCGAGAAACAAAGCUGGGACGAUGACGAGCGCUUCUAUUCUUCAGGCCGAGACAGCGACGACAGCCCUAUACUAUCCUACAGAUACGACCGCCACCGCCGCUAUGCGUCAUAUACACAGGCCUCGGAGCCUCACGGGCCCCGCGAGAGGAGGUCCGCCGUCACCGCGCUGGCCAAGUGCUUCCUGUUCUCCGCCGCCAUGAUCCUGUUCUGCGCGCUGCUCUACAUCCCGGCCUACAACCGCGCCAGCGACCAGCUGCCCAAAGGUCUAGUAGCCGGCUGGUCGGUACACACGAAUCGGGACACAAAAAUAUACGUACAGCCGAACAACGUAACCCUAAUUCACGAGCCGAAAGACAUAUGCUCCAAGCUAGAUAGAAACAAAAAGAACAAACUGUUCCUUCUUAUAGUGGUUUGUUCCUCAACCACUAAUUUCGAAAGAAGAGUUGCCAUACGCGAAACGUGGGGCAACCGAGACAUAUACAGAAAUCUGGAAAAAGUCUUCAAUACUGUCUCGGAUAAAUACAAAAGUUACAAUUAUACGUAUGACUUGUACCCAGAAUCUCAUAAUGUUAGUGUGAAUGUUAGUAAGUCUAAGAGAGACAUAUCCAUUGGCAGUAUUUUGCCAGAAUUAGCUAAGGUGUUGCAGAAUAAUAUGGUUAAUACAAAGACUGAGGAUGUACCUGAGAAGCGGUUUGAGGACGACGAUGAUCCGGUGUUGCCAGAGUUCGACAUGAAUAAAGAGUUGGGGGAGAACGCUGAGAAUUAUGAUUAUGAAUAUGAAUCCAAUAUUAUGAGAAUACCUCCAAGAGGUUACGAAGACAGUCCGAGUUUGGGGAAAAUACUAAAAAUGUUGAAAGAAAAAGACGUUUUCCCCGAAAAGGUGGAGGAAAAAACAGAAGAGGCUGACAACACCGAACCAGAGUUCAAACUUGUGUUCCUGUUAGGGUUGCCAACGCAGAAUAACGACACGGAGGUCCAGAGUAAAAUUGACGAAGAGGUAGAGAGGUACGGUGACGUCAUUCAGGAGGGGUUUAUAGAUUCGUACAAUAAUCUGACGCUGAAGUCAAUUAUGAUGCUGAAGUGGAUCACGAAUCAGUGCAAUGAGAGUGUCCGCUACAUCCUAAAGACAGACGAUGAUAUGUACAUAAACGUGCCAAAACUGAUGUUCAAUCUGAAGAACCGUUCGCGAGACUUCGAUGAGAAGGUGGCGUCGGGGGCGAAAGACCACGAGUACUUGUUGAUUGGAGCCCUAAUAUGUGGAGCGAGACCUGUGCUGGAUAGCAAUAAUAAAUGGUACAGUCCUCGCUACAUGUACGGCGGGCGCGUGUACCCUCGGUACCUAUCGGGUACAGGGUACGCUCUGAGCUCGCGUGCUGCCAGCGCCCUCUACUCGGCGGCUCUCAGAACUAAUUACUUCCACUUGGAGGAUAUUUAUAUCACUGGCAUGUGCGCCAUCCGGUCCUCCCCCCGGAUAAUCCCGCGGGACGACCCGGACUUCUCAUACCGGGCGGGCAGCACGCGCGCCGAAUGCGCCGCGCAUUCGCACGCGACCACGCACCGCGUGUCGCCGCGGCGCAUGCGGCUGUUACAUCGGCGGUUAGGGCGCCUGGACCUGGCAGAUAGUUGCGAGCGGUGGCGACUCACACAGAUUAAAUUGGAGCGAGAAAAUACGUACGUAUUUUACAAGUAUCUUCGGAUGAUUGUAAGUCAAGAAUGCUAGGAAAAAAAAUAUUUUUAUUUUGUAAAAAAACAUCUAAUCUCAAGCCAAUCUAGGCAACUUCGACUGAUUUAUACUCAAUUUAAGACUAGAAGAUUAUUUAUUGAGAAAGAAAAAUAGGUCCAUUAUCUUGUGUUCAGUAUUUCCCUUUAGGUAAGUCUUUUUAAAUGUUUUACAAGUAAUAUCACUCACGCGUUGGUUAAAAAUAUAGCAAAUGUGCGAAAAUUCUUAAAAUGGUGCCAUUUUAAUAUCGUUUUAUUAAAUUUGUACAUAAAAUCAAUUUUAAAUUUAUAUUUUUUUACAUUGUGAAUUUGGGCUUCCCGUUUUAAAUU